AUGUCGCCCACCGUCCAGGAGGAUGUCUCUGCCGAGAGCAUCUCGCCCUUUGGUAAGGCCCGCUCCACCGUCAAGGGCGAGCCUCUCAGCAGCGACGAGUUGAAGCUCCAGGAUGACUACAUGCGAGCCAGUCUCUAUCUCUGCCUAGGCAUGCUUUACCUCAAAAAGAACCCCCUCCUCAAAGAGCCGCUCUCGCUCGGAGACCUGAAAGCCAGACUCCUGGGACACUGGGGUUCCGACGCUGGUCAAGUCUUCACCUAUGUCAACAUGAACCGCCUGAUCAAAAAGUAUGAUCUCGACGUCAUCUUCAUUUCCGGACCGGGACAUGGAGCCCCCGCCGUUAUUUCCCAGUCGUACCUGGAGGGCGUCUAUAGCGAAGUUUACCCGGACAAAUCCGAAGAUGAAGAAGGCAUGCGGAAGUUCUUCAAACAGUUCUCGUUCCCUGGAGGCAUCGGUAGCCAUGCCACCCCCGAGACGCCUGGCAGUUUGCACGAAGGAGGUGAACUUGGUUACAGCAUUUCACAUGCCUUCGGAACCGUUUUCGACCACCCCAACCUGAUCGCCUUGACGAUGGUCGGCGAUGGGGAGUCCGAAACGGGUCCUUUGGCAACCAGCUGGCACAGCACCAAAUUCCUCAAUCCAAUCACCGACGGUGCCGUUCUCCCUGUUCUUCACCUCAAUGGCUACAAGAUCAACAAUCCUACCGUUCUCGCCCGUAUCAGCCAUCGAGAGCUGGAGGCGCUCUUCAUCGGCUAUGGCUGGACCCCGUAUUUCGUCGAAGGAAGCGACCCCCUGAGCAUGCACCAGGCCAUGGCCGCCACCUUGGAGAAGUGCGUCUUGGAGAUUCGAGCCCACCAGAAGAAAGCACGUGAGUCAGGAAAGGCAUUCCGGCCUCUGUGGCCCAUGAUCGUCCUUCGAAGCCCCAAGGGCUGGACUGGGCCACGAAAAGUGGACGGGCACUACCUCGAAGGCUUCUGGCGAGCCCAUCAGAUUCCCCUUCCAGAUGUGGCGUCGAGCCCCGAGCACCUGAAACUCCUUGAACAAUGGAUGAAGAGCUAUACCCCUGAGAAGUACUUUGGCGCAGACGGCAAACUGAUCCCAGCUCUGAAGAACUUGGUGCCAGACGGCAAUCGCCGGAUGAGUGCGAACCCGAUCGCCAACGGUGGACUCAUCAAGAAGCCGCUGCUCAUGCCCGACUUCCGUGACUAUAAGCUGCCAUGUGAGAAGGGAGGCAUCACGGAGGCCCCCAGCAUGUCGAACAUGGCCGUUUUCCUGCGAGACAUCAUCGCGAAGAACCCACACAACUUCCGUCUUUUCGGGCCCGACGAGACAGAAUCUAACAAGCUUGCCGGCGUAUACGAGGCCGGUAAGAAAGUGUGGAUGGGCGAAUACUUUGAAGAAGACCAAGACGGUGGCAACCUGGCCUUCGAAGGCCGCGUCAUGGAAAUCCUGAGCGAACAUACCGUGGAGGGUUGGCUCGAAGGCUAUCUCCUGUCCGGGCGCCACGGCAUGCUCAACAGUUACGAGCCUUUCAUCCACAUCAUCGACUCGAUGGUCAACCAGCACUGCAAGUGGAUCGAGAAGUGCCUCGAAGUCGAAUGGCGGGCCAAGAUCGCGUCUCUCAACAUCCUGUUGACAGCGACAGUCUGGCGUCAAGACCACAACGGCUUCACCCACCAGGACCCUGGGUUCCUAGACGUCGUGUGCAACAAAUCUCCCGAGGUGGUGCGCAUCUACUUGCCGCCAGAUGGAAACUGCCUCCUGUCCGUGAUGGACCACUGCUUCCGCAGCAGCAACUACGUCAACGUCAUCGUGGCCGACAAGCAGAACCACCUGCAGUAUCUCGACAUGGACGCCGCCAUCGAGCACUGCACCAAAGGCGCCGGCAUCUGGGACUGGGCGUCCAACGACCAAGGCCAGGAGCCCGAUGUGGUCAUGGCGUCUUGCGGUGACGUGCCGACUAUGGAAUCGCUGGCCGCGACGGCGCUGCUCCGCGAGUACGUGCCGGAGCUCAAGAUCCGGUUCGUCAACGUGGUGGACCUGUUCAAGCUGAUCCCGGAGCACGAUCACCCGCACGGCAUGUCGCAGCGGGAGUUCGAGGCCAUCUUCACGCCCAACCGGCCCGUCAUCUUCAACUUCCACUCCUACCCCUGGUUGAUCCACCGCCUGACAGCCCAACGGCCCAGCCAGGCCAACCUGCACGUCCGCGGCUACAAUGAGAAGGGCAACAUUGACACCCCGCUCGAGCUGGCCAUCCGCAACCGCACCGACCGCUUCAGCCUGGCCAUCGAGGCCCUCGACCGCAUGCCCGAGCUGGGAAACAAGGGCGCCAGCGCCCGGGAGAAGCUGCUCAGCUCGCAGAUCAAUUACCGCACCAUCGCCUUCAACGACGGCAUCGACCCGGAGGAAAUCAGGAAGUGGGUGUGGCCCUUUUAG